UUUGGACCACAGAUCCCUUUUCAGAAUGAACUCCGCCCUGCAGAGAUGAUGUCCACGGUCACUGUCCGGCACACGACAGCAGCAGGCCCGGGCACAGUUGGUUUCCUGUGGAUGAGACUGCUCCGAUCCAACUUUCACUGUUCUUUCCCAGCGUGUUGACGGCACAGAAAGAUGAACCGAUUAAUCGACCGCCGUCUCCAGGCAGGUGCUGUGAUGUGAGAAGAGCUCAUGCCUCUAGUCAAGAGAAACAUUGAGCCUCGGCAUCUGUGCCAUGGUGCAGUGCCUGAUGGAAUUGGCAACGAGCUGGAAUGUGUAACCAACAACACCCUGUCUGCCAUCAUCCGGCAGCUCAGCAGUCUGAGUAAACACGCAGAAAACGUUUUUGGAGAACUUUUUAAUGAAGCAAACACCUUUUAUAGUCGUGCAAACUCCCUCCAGGACCGCAUUGAUCGCUUGGCCAUCAAGGUCACCCAGCUGGACUCCAGCAUUGAAGAGGUCUCUCUUCAGGACAUAAAUAUGAGGAAGGCAUUUAAAAGCUCCACUGUUCAGAACCAGCAGGUUUUGUCAAAGGGCAGCACUCCCAACUCUGUGGCUGAGAUGUACAACAGCAGUGACAGACCCCCUCCCCUCAGCACCCUCACUGCGUACAGAGAGGAUUCCACCGAUGCAAUGAAGUUUUACUCAGAUCCCUCAUACUUCUUUGACUUGUGGAAAGAAAAAAUGCUUCAGGACACAGAGGACAAGAGGAAAGAAAGGAGGAGGCAAAGGGAGCAGAAGCGAUGUGUGGACAGCAGCACCCUACAACGAGAGGUCAAAAAGGUGAGAAAGGUGAGAAACCGCAGGCAAGAGUGGAACAUGAUGGCGUUCGAUAAAGAGCUUCGGCCUGAUCACCGCCAUCCGCAGACGCUCCGGCGAGGGGCGUCGUCUGAGGGCUCCCUCUCACCAGACGGCAGGCCUGACCUCUUCGACUACCCCGUCCCUCCACUGCCUGCCCACGCUGCUUGUAACUUUGCCAAGUCUCAUGAUUACGUGCCCGGGAAUGCACACCCCUCGCCACCUGUGGAGCAUGAAUACCACAGCAUUGAUGUCAACUACAAGAGAGUAACCUACUCCACAGCAGAACCUCACUGCACAGAACCAAUGAAUGGUGCAAUACGUCCACCUGCGGAGUACAACUCCAUCCCUCCGUCUUCUGCCCCUGGACCGCCUAUCCCAUCUGCACAGACGGCGUUUGGGUUUCCUCUGGGUGCACUACCGCCACCACCACCUCACAAUGGAGUUGUGCAUGUAGGCCCAGGCUACCCACUCCCACCUGUACCUCCUCCAGGUCCUCGUAUGGUUCCUCCUCCCCCAGGUCCCCCGCCUCCCCCUCUCCCACCUCCAGCUGCGCCUCCGAACUUAACAAGCGUUAGCGGAAGAACAGAGAAUCCACCUGUGAGAGAUGCAAGAAGCGACCUGCUGUCUGCAAUCCGCAUGGGCAUUCAACUGAAGAAAGUCCAAGAGCAGCAGGAACAGCAGAGCAAGUGGGAGCCAGUGGGGAAUGAUGUGGCGACUAUCUUGUCCCGCCGCAUUGCCGUUGAAUACAGUGACUCUGAUGAUGACUCUGAAUUGGACGAAAACGAGUGGUCAGACUGACCAAACACAUGCCAUUUUUGGGUUUAGAAUACAGCAAAACAUAUCCAUCAUGAGAGCUACACACUCUCUGACUCCACCUAGUGGGCUCUCUCAUGCACCGCUUCCUGAGCUGCUUCAUGCACUGAUGUCUCACCACUAUGUGAAUAAUUUCGGUCUUUUCUACAUAAUUCUGAAUUACCUGAAAAAUAGUCACGUAUCAUAAAUAUAACCUUCCUUCUUCAGGUCCAUCAGAUGGUGUGGAACUCAUGGGUGUAAGAGUAACAGGGCAGCUAUUAAUGUUUCUAUUGUGGCAUUCGUCCAUAGCUUUUUUUGUCAGAAUGUUUGUUGUUGGAAAAGAUCAUGUUGACUGUUAGGUUAGGUAAAUGCACAUUCCACCGUGAAACAGGGAACGUCACAUUACAUUAACAGGAGGAUAAAAUGCAGACGUAAAAAUAAAUAUCUAUUCUUUAAAAGUGAUGCAUUCUAUGAUAAAUAAAUACUUAGUCAUCUACUGCUAAUAAAAUGUGACCACAUGAGCAUCUUGUUGUACAUUAAACCAUAUCAAACUGACUUCUACAUCACAACAAACCACAAUUCAAAACUGUGAACUCAGAAAACUACUGAUAUACAGUUUACAAGUUUACAAGAAAUGUGUUAACGGCAGUAACUGUUUUAUUAUAAUUAUUAUAUCACUAUAAGGAUUAUACAUACAUAGAUUUCCAGUCAUGUUUUAGAGUAUACAGUGUAUGUCAUUUAAAGUAUUAUGUCAGUGUUUUAUGAGUUACUCUGCUGUAUAAUUGUGUUGAUUCCUCAUGUCAUUAAUGUAACGGCUACCUCAGUUCAUUGUAUCAUAGUGUGAACAUCAUCGCUAUCAUUGACUUUGUGAAUGCAGUGUUGUUUUUCUACCAUUAAACCUGUAUUCACUACACUGUGA